UAUCAUUUCUUAUUAUCACACAGCACAAUCAAACCUCGUGUCUCGUGUGUAUAGUGCGUACGACCAUAGACAAAUAAAUAAUAUUACUAAAUAUUUUGUACUUUGUUAAUUUUCGUUUUUUUUUUAUACUUAACUUAUUUACUUAAACAUGGGAAGAAAAGCGCAGUUUGGAGAGUUGGGCGUCGUAAAACAAACCAAAGGACCCGGUCGGAAAGCAAAAAAACAAAAGCCACCAAAAAUGUUACCGGGGCUACCAAAACCGGAAGGUAAUAUUAUAAUAUACCAAGUAAUUUAGUGUGAUUUUUAAAUUAGUGUGUUUGUGUAGUUAAACUAAUUAAUAUUAAUUUGUAGGGGAUGAUGAGCCAAAAAAGUUAAGUCAUCGACAAAAACAACGUGCCUCUAGAAGAACAAAGAAAAAAGAAGAAAAAAAGUUAAUAAAGAAGGAAAGAAAGAAAGGUUUAAAAAAAGAAGAAGAUGUUCAAAGUGAGUACAUAAUUAUUAUAUGUAUUAUUUAAUGACUGGAUGUUUAAAAAGACAUGUAUACCAUUACCUACGUGUGGUGUAAUUCAGUUUAUCAUAAUAAUACAUCAAAUUGACUUAUGUUAGCUAAUAUCAGCUUCAUAUAUUUACUUAGAAAAGCAUAAUAUACCCUAAAAACAUCUCAAUUACAAUAAGUUUAUAAAUUUAAAUGUAUUUCAUAAUUAAUUUGUUUUUAAUUUUAACACUCUUUUACAUAACUUAUUGAUUUUAUUGUAAUAAAUACUAGUGGAGUUUAUUGUAUUACAUAUUGUAUUUAACAUUUUAAAUAAACUUGUUUUAGAGAAAAUAUAUUCUAUACAUAUUGUUUGAAACAAUUAUGUUAUUCUCAUUGCAGAUGUUAAUGGAAAAUCAGAAGAAACAAAAAAAAUUAAAAGAGAAAUUGUUAAACAAUUUUCUGACAGUAAUAAUAAAUGGUUGAAAUCUAAAAGCACUCCUGUUAUUGCUGAAAAGGGUAUGUUAUUAAAAUAGUGAUUUAGGUAUCAUCAAUUUUGAAAUUAAAUUAACACAUUUCAUGCUAUUGUUUGAUAUAAAUUUACUAAUCAAUAAUUAUAUUUGAUAUAUUUAAUGAGUUUUUUUUUUUUUCUUAGAUGAUGAUGUUGAAAGUUAUGAUAGUAAUUCAGACAUUGAUGACGAAGAAUUAGAAGUAUGUUUAUACUUAUUAUUUUUUUCUUUUUUAAUUAUAAACAGUACAUAUUUAUUUGUAUUGGUAAAUUUGUGUUAUGUGCACUGAGUACACAUUAGUUUAAAAUCAAAAAUUGCUGGAAUAAUAAUAAUAAAAACAAUAUAUAUUCUGAUAAAUUACAAAAAUAAUUGCUUAUUUAUAGAAUAUUUAAUUAGUAUAUAAUGUUUUAGGAAAAUGGUGAAAAUGGUGUAGAAAGUUACGAUGAAGACAUUUCAGAUGAUGACUAUUUAGUAAAUAUGCUUUAUUAAAUAAUAAUGUAUAAUAAAUAUGAAAUAUUUAUAAAUUUAUACAUAGGCAGGCACAUUAGACGAUGUCGAUAGUUCAAAUGAAUCUGGAAUUGAAGAUGCUAGUCUAAAAAAAAAGAAAAAGGCUACAAAAAAAAGAAAAGUGGACGAAAGUGAUGAUGAUGAAUUAUUGCCAAUUGAAAAGGCUGCAAAAAAAUUAAGAGCUGAAAAGAAAAUAGAAGAGUAAGGAGAUAACAAUAUAUAUAUAUAUAUAUAUAAAUAAAUAAACAGAUAGUAAUUGAUGUAUUGAUCUUUAUAGAGCUGAAGCUAAUGAGGAAAUGAACAUGCAAAUUAAUGUUGCGAGCCAAGACGUUUUUGUGUUUCCUGCUGAAGAUCAGAUUGAUGAACACAUUCCUAUACCUGAAGUAGAGCAAAGGAUAAAGGAUAUUUUAUUAGUGUUGUCUAAUUUUAAUAAAUUCCGUGAACCAAAUCGGUAAAUUAUAUUAUAAAAAUAAAUAAAUUGUUUAAGUUCAUUACAUUAUUAUAUUGAUUUUUAUCUUUUUAGAAGUCGACAAGAAUACACUGAUUUAUUACUUAAGGACCUCUGCACAUAUUUUAGUUACAAUACAUUUCUUAUGGAAAAAAUUAUGCUUUUGUUUCCACUGGAAGAUUUGAUGGCCUUUUUGGAAGCAAGUGAAACACCUCGUCCAGUAACUAUUCGAACAAAUAGUUUAAAAACUAGGAGACGUGAACUUGCACAGGUAAAUAAUUUUGUUUUUAUUUUAUGCCCUAUGUCCAAGUUUUUAUAUUAUUGAAUUUAUAUAAAUUUUUUUUUUAAAUUUAGUCAUUGAUCAACCGUGGGGUUAAUUUAGAUCCUAUUGGUAAUUGGUCUAAAGUUGGUCUUGUUGUAUAUAAUUCUACAGUUCCAAUUGGAGCAACUCCUGAAUAUUUGGCUGGACAUUAUAUGCUUCAGGUAAUAAUACUGAAUACAUUUUUAUGUAAUUGUUAUAAUAACAAUAAUUUUUUGCCAGGCUGCUUCCAGUAUGCUACCUGUUAUGGCUUUGGCUCCUCAAGAAAAUGAACAUAUUUUAGAUAUGUGUGCUGCUCCUGGCGGUAAAGCUUCACAUAUAGGUAAAUUAUACUUUAUAAUUUGAUUGUUAUUAAGUUAUUUAUUAGAUAUUAAUUAUUUUAAAAUUGUAUACGUUUUAUUGUAGCUGCUAUAAUGAAAAAUACUGGAGUUUUAAUUGCCAAUGAUGUAAAUAAAAAUCGUGCUAAAGCAGUUGUUGGUAAUUUUCAUAGAAUGGGAAUUGCUAAUUCAGUUAUUUCAACAUAUGAUGGUAGACAUAUACCUCAGGUAAAUAACUUAAAUUAUUUUCGAUUUGUCUAAUUUUGUUCACUUUACAUAAAUAAAGAAAAAAAUUACUUUUCAAUGAAACAUGUUUCUUGAUAAUAUAUCGACCUGAUUCAUAUUUCAGAUAUUCAAAAACUUUGACAGAGUAUUAUUAGAUGCACCAUGUACUGGAACUGGAGUUAUUAGUAAAGAUUCUGGUGUUAAAAUGAGCAAAGAUGAAACAGAUCUCCAAAGGUGUUUCACUUUACAACGAGAAUUAUUGCUAGCUGCCAUUGAUUCUUUGAAUUACAAAAGUUCAACAGGCGGUUAUUUAGUGUAUUCAACAUGUUCUGUAUUAGUAAGUUACUUUAUUUUAUUUUGAAUUUAUCAUAAUAAGACUUCAGAAGUUCAAUUAAUAGCCAAAGUGUGCAAAUUGACACAAUUUUGAGGCUUUUAAAAUGUUCUUGAUAUAAUUGUAUAUAAUUUAGUCAUGAUUUCUAAUUAAGAAUAUUAUCGUUUCAGGCUGAAGAAAACGAAUGUGUGAUAGAUUAUGCUUUAAAAAAGCGAGAUGUGAAGUUAGUAGAUACAGGAUUAAGUUUUGGUACUGAAGGUUUUACAAAUCUGCGUCAUCAUAGGUACUUCCAUUAUUUUUUAUUUGUAUACAUUAAGGCAGAUCCCCUACUAGCACAAUGCAAUUAACGAGACACAAUAAACGAAAAGGAAUACUUUGAUCGUAAUUGUUUGCCUUAAUUGUCAAAUUGUUUUUUAACGAUUGUCUACGACUUUUAAAUGUGGUUAGAAAGAUAAAAUAAUUUACCAAUAUCAACAAAUAUACACAUAAUAUUUAUAAAAAAAUAUUUUGAUUAGUUCAAGUUAUUUAAAUUACAAUCACCAUAAAGAUUAACAUAAAUAUCAUUGUAAAUGACCUUUUUUUUUGUUUGUUUUAAGUUGUGUCACGUCAAUCGCAUUGUGUUGUGAGCUGCCUAAACUAUAAUAUUUAUUAGAACAUUAUUUUGUAUGUUUUAUAAAUAUUGUAUUAUAAUAUUACAUUUUGUUUUAGGUUUCAUCCUACUAUGAAACUUACACGGCGUUUUUAUCCCCAUACUCAUAACAUGGAUGGAUUCUUUGUCGCUAAACUCAAAAAGUUUUCUAAUAUAAUCCCUAAAAAUGAUGACCAAGACGAUUUUGAAGAAGAAACUGAAACAAAUACUGAACCUGAUAAUAGUAAUAAUAGUACAGAGGAAGAAGAAAAACCAAAAGAAAAAGUUGGAAAAAUGAAUAAAAAACCAAAACAUGGUCGUGGAAAAAAUAGAAAUAAUAAAAACUAAUAACUAUUUUUUACAUUGGUUAUGAUGUUAGAAUAAUAAAGUUUUAAAAUUGUUUAUAUUUAACUU